AUGCUGUUCAGUCUGAAGCCGAGACGAGAUCAGCUGCAGGAGCUGAAUGAACGCCUUGGAGGCAAAUGGACCGUCGAUGACCAUGACAUCGUUGUCGAAUUUUACGUGCGCGACUUGGCGGCCGUGGAAGGUAUCAUCAACGACCCUGACUUUCAGAAAUUGCAGUCAGAAGAAGCUCCAUGGAUCGAUGCGGAACGAGUCCCGAUUGGAGCAAGCUUAGGCUUUGUUGAGGUUUAUGCGGAGCAGGGCAAGGUUGUGAACGUUACGGAGGAUGGGAAGCCAGAUUUCGGAGUUGGCGUCUGA